GCGAUGUGGCUGCCCUUCAAAUGUCUCUGUUCUGUGCAAAUGCCUUAUUAAGCAACUAGUAUUGCCCUUUCCCUCCACUUCUUCCCUGUAACUCAGCAGCUCACGUGCCCAUGGAGGAAUGCUUCCAUAUCUUUGUUGUCAUCAUGUUGUUGCUGCUGCUGCUGCACAUCCCAGCAACCUGCUCAGCAGCACAAGGCAUCGAUACUGAUCUAUACGCUCUUCUAGAACUUAAAGAUAGCGUAGAGUUCGAUCCCCAACAUGUCUUGGAUAAAAACUGGACCACCACAUCCUCAUCCUCAUCCUCAUCAGUUUGCAGCUGGGUUGGAGUUACUUGCAGUGAGAGCACCCCCCAAAGAGUUGAAGCCCUGGAAAUUCCAAACAUGCGCUUACAAGGUACCAUUCCCCCAAAGCUGGGGGACCUCUCUUCGCUCACCCGACUCGACAUCAGCAACAACACUUUCAAGGGCCCUCUUCCUGACGAAAUGGCUAAUCUUCGUCGGUUGAAAUUAAUCAAUUUUGAACACAACCAAUUCAGUGGAGAGAUUCCGGAAUGGUUGGUAGAAUUGCCCGAGGUGCAGUACUUGAACCUUGGCCGAAACAAUUUCGCAGGUUUCCCAGCUUCCCCCAGUUUUAGUCCAAACUUGGAGUAUUUGAACGUCUCGUUUAAUCAAAUAAAUGGAGACAUUCCACAAGAGAUUGGCAAUCUUAGUAAACUGAAGAGUUUGGACAUGCAGUCCAAUCAGCUGACGGGUAAUAUAAGAACCAUGUACGGCAUCCCAUCGCUGGAACAUAUUGAUUUUUCAUACAAUAGCCUAUCUGACAUGCUUCCUGAAGAUCUCUGUCGUUCUCUUCCAAAUCUUAAAUUCCUUCGGCUGUCAUGGAACCACCUAGUAGGCAAAUUCCCUUCCAGUUUAGCUGAAUGCUCAAAGCUUCAGAACUUGUCGCUGUCAUUUAACAGCUUUGAGUCGGAGAUACCCGCUGGGUUUGGGAACUUGACCAUGCUCCAGGAGUUGGCUCUUGGUGGCAACAUGUUGACAGGAAGAAUUCCAGACGAGUUGGGUAAUCUAAUUUAUUUGGAGGUCCUAGCCUUGGAGAACAAUAACCUCAAUGGAAGCAUACCAUCAUUCAUCUCUAACUUGUCUUCAUUGAAAGUGCUUAAUCUUCACUCAAAUAAACUCAGUGGUGGCUUACCAAAAGAAAUCGGCAACUGGAGUACUUCAAUCACACAGAUUGACCUCAGUGAUAACCAUCUGUUAGGCAAAAUACCAGAUGAGAUUGGUGCUCUUUCAAGCUUAGAGAUUUUAGCGAUCAACUUCAAUUAUUUGUCAGGGAAAAUUCCCACUUCAAUCUUCAACAUGUCAACCUUGGAAAUGCUUUCACUUGUAGAAAAUAACCUUACGGGAAAUCUACCACCAAAUUUGCCUUGCAAUCUAGAAACUCUUUAUCUUGGAGGAAAUCGACUCAGUGGGAGCAUCCCUGGACUCUACUCCAACAACUUCACAGGUCCCAUUCCUGAUUCACUUGGGAAUUUACGAGCACUAGUGUUGGACCAAGCGGAAAACUCAACAAGUCAGAAUCUCAAACAUAUUCGAUAGAACAAGAAGCAUAACAGAAACCAUUAGCAACCAACACAUAAACCCUAAACAGAAAUAAAAGAGCUGAAAAGCAAAACGAGGACACAAGAAAUUUACCGUGGUUCACCCGAAAUGGGCUACGUCCACGUUGAGCUCAGUAAGGAAGAGCUCACUGCACUAUAUCGAGUAGGGUUAAGUAAACUGUACAUCAAUGGUUCUUCUAACAAAACAGCCUCACAAUCUCCAAAUACACAUUAGAAGCAAACUUAAGAACCAGAGAUUACGACAAGAAGAGUAGUCUAUACAAAGAUAAACAGAGCUUACUCAAAGCAAAAAAACCCUAACCCAAUAAUCCCUUUCUUUCUCUUUUCUUUCUUUGAUCUUUCUGUGUUGUUCACCAUCCCGAGGCAUUAUACCAUUUAUAUGAGAUUUGAGCGGCUGGGAUUGAGGUUGAUAAAGGCAGCAUCGAUGGUCCUUAGAUAAUCGUAGAACACGAUUAACAGCAAAGGCAGAAAGGACAAUCGAGAGAGGCAUUGGGCAGAGCAAGGACAAUCAAGGGGCGUCGGGUAUCAGAAGGCGCCUUUAGAUUGCUGAGGUUGCCUAAAAUGCCCUCCAAAAGACGACAGCGUUUUGAUGCUUCACCCACAAUAACUAGAAUAUCUGAGUUUGGGAGAAAACAAUCUCCAAGGUGGACCAGGACCCGUUGACCGCCUGAGCUUCACAGAAAACAUUCUUGUCAUUGGAUCACCUUCGCCUCCUCCAGAACUGGGAUUCAUCACUUCCUUGACAAACUGUAAGAAACUGAAAAGGGUGUAUAUAAAUAACAAUCCAUUGAAUGGCCGCCUUCCGUCUUCCAUCGGGAAUUUUUCUGGUGCCCAACUCAACGCUUUUGUGGCAUCUAAGUGUGGGAUCACAGGCAAUAUUCCCAAGGAAAUUGGCAAUAUAAGCAGUCUGGAAUCCUUGUUUCUCAACAACAAUUACUUGAAUGGAUCCCUUCCAAAUACAUUCAGUGGAUCAUGGAAACUCGACAAACUUGUUCUUCCCAACAAUGCUCUGCACGGGUUGAUUCCAGAAGAUCUAUGCCAAUUAGCAUAUUUGGCCUCUUUAGAUUUGGGUGGAAAUCACCUUAUUGGUCGAUUGCCAGACUGCCUAGGAAAUGUUACAUCUUUACGAUCCCUUAAUCUAACCUCCAACCAUUUUACAUCCAAAAUACCAGUAAGUCUGUGGAGACUCACAGACCUCUCUGAAUUUAACUUGUCCUACAACUCCUUCACUGGCUCUCUCCCCCAGGACAUUGGGAAUUUGACGGGUGCCACUCUAAUAGAUCUGUCGAACAAUCGAAUCUCCGGCAAUAUUCCUAGCGCUAUUGGUGGUCUGCCAAACCUGGCCUAUCUUUCCUUGGCAAGUAAUAAUUUUAGCGAACAAAUUCCAGAGUCAUUUGGCAACCUUGUAAAGCUGUGGUCCAUAGAUCUGUCCGGUAAUUCUCUCACUGGAGAGAUUCCCAUGUCACUGCUGCAACUUCCUCUUCGUUAUUUUAACGCAUCAGGUAAUUGCUUGAGUGUGAAAACUGAUCAAGAAUGGAAAUACAGGUUUGGAAGUGACAGCGUUCUACCAAAUGGAAAAUUGUGCCCUCACGUUCGGUCCAAGUGCCAUGACAGACCAAAAAGUUUGCUGUUGUUUCUCUGUGUUUUCUUGGGGAUUGCACUUUUGAUGGUAGUGGUUUGCUGUGCAUUUUUUCUUCUCAGACGGCGACGGAAACAUCAAUUUCCAACUUCAAGAAUUACACACCAAGAAAUUGAACGAGCUACUAAUGGAUUCGAUGAAAGACACUUGCUAGGCACAGGGAGGUUUAGUUCAGUGUACAAAGGGACUCUGAAAGGGAAAGUCGUGGCC